AUGGCCGAAGCAUUAGUCACUAUUGCUGCUGAGGGGAUCCUGAAAAAGGUGUUGUCUAUUGCUGCCGGCGAACUCGCCAUCGCUUGGGGUUACGAAGAAAAGCUGACCAGCCUUCACAGUAAACUGGAGAUGGUGCGUGCCAAGUUGCUCGAUGCGGAGGGGAAAAAGGAAACAAGGGCUGUAAUGGUGUGGUUGAAGCAGCUAAAAGAUGCGGUCGAUGAAGCUGAUGAUGUGUUGGAUGAGGUUGAUUACGAAAUGUUGAGGCGUCAAAUAAAGAAACAAGAUCGGAUGGCAAGAAAGGUAGUGUGCCUUCCAAGCUUGAAAAAGUUUUCAUUUCGUUAUAAAAUAGGUCAUAAAAUCCAAAACAUCAAUGAAAAGUUGCUUAAGAUCAACACAGAAGCUAGCAGUUUAGGACUACAAAAUCAACACCCUGCUUGCCCUGUUCUAGAUCGUCUCUAUUGGAGAGAGACUGUUCCAAAUCAAGAAGAAUUUAAAAUUGUUGGGAGGGAUAAUGAUAAACUCCAUAUCAUUGAACUUUUAACCCAAUCAAGAAAGGAAGAAAAAAUUAUCAUUGUUCCCAUUGUUGGAAUGGGCGGGAUUGGGAAGACCGCUUUGGCUAAGUCGGUCUACAAUGAUAAAAAGAUCGAGCAACAUUUUGAUGUUAAGGCAUGGUUGUGUGUGUCGGUUAAGAUUGACAUCAAUGAACUUCUUGCAAAGAUCUACGAGUCUCUUGCCAAAAAGAAACCUACCUCAGACUUAAGGACCAAUUUAAUUGAAAGCCUUAAAGAGCAAUUGGCAUCAAAAAGAUAUUUGCUCGUCUUAGAUGACGUUUGGGUCAAAGAGAGGCCAUAUUGGGAAGAGUUUAGGAGUUGUAUGCUAAAUGUAAGCUCACAAAAUGGAAGUGGCAUUCUUGUCACUACACGGAAACAUGAAAUCGGAACUCAUGAUAUGCACAUGGAUGCGUGUCAUUUAAAUGGUCUUUCUGACAAUCAUUGUUGGGACAUCUUCAGAGAAAAAGCGUUUGUGGCAGGCACUUCAGUGUCCCCGGAACUGGUGAAGAUAGGCGGCGACAUUGUAGAAAAAUGUGGUGGUUUACCGUUGCUGUUAAAUGUAAUAGGUGGCAUGUUGGCACAUUACAAUGACAUAGAAAAGUGGUUGUCCAUAAAAAAUAGCAAGGUUUGGGAUCUAGAAGAAGAAAGGGAUAGAGUUCAAAAGAACUUGGAACUAAGCUUUGAUAAUCUCCCAAAUUCUAUCGUCAAACAAUGCUUUGCAUAUUGUUCCAUCUUUAAGAAAGAUACGGUCAUGGAAAGGGAAGAACUGGUCCAACUUUGGAUGGCUUUGGGGUUGGUUCAAGCAGAUGAGGAAAGAAACAAGGCGAUGGAGGAUGUGGGGAAUGAUAUUUUUCAAAUUUUGGUUAGCAAUUCGAUGUUCCAAGAUGUUAAAAGGGAUGAAUAUGGUUACAUCACUCGUUGUAGCAUGCAUGAUCUGGUGCAUGAUCUUUCAUUAUCACUUUCAAAACAUGAAAGCUUAUGUCUGGAGGAUGCGACUAAUGAUGAUAUCGCAUGUGUUCCUCGGGUUAAACAUCUCGCUUUUUACUAA